GGCGCCGGCGGCCGCGGGCACUGACGGCGUCGCGGGACGCUCCCGGGCGGCGGCGGCGGCGGCGCAGCGGGCGGCGCUGGGGGCGGAGGCAGGGGGCGCCCCCAGCCAGAGGAUGCUGCGGUUCCUGCGCCGGACCUUUGGCCGCCGCUCCAUGCAGCGCUACGCGCGCGGCGCGGCGGGGCGCGGGGCCGCCGGGCUGGGGGACGAGCGCGACGGGGGGUUCCGGGGGGGCCCGGCCGCCGCUGCCGCCGCCCCCUCGGUGCUGCCCGCCGCGCCCGGGGGCAGCGUGUUCCCGGCCGGCGGCGGGCCCCUGCUCACGGGCGGCGCGGCCGUGCACAUCUCCGCCGCCGGCGCCGCUAAGGCCACCCUCUACUGCCGAGUCUUCCUGCUCGACGGGACCGAAGUGAGCGUGGACCUGCCGAAACAUGCCAAGGGCCAGGAUCUGUUCGAUCAGAUCGUGUACCAUUUGGACCUCGUGGAAACAGAUUAUUUUGGCCUCCAGUUCCUCGACUCUGCCCAGGUGGCGCACUGGCUGGAUCAUUCCAAACCCAUAAAGAAGCAGAUGAAAAUUGGACCUACUUACGCUUUGCACUUCCGAGUUAAGUACUAUUCUUCAGAACCGAACAACCUGCGUGAAGAGUUUACAAGGUACCUGUUUGUUUUACAACUCAGGCAUGACAUUCUUUCUGGAAAAUUGAAGUGCCCCUAUGAAACGGCUGUGGAAUUAGCUGCGCUCUGUCUGCAAGCGGAGCUUGGAGAGUGCGAGCUUCCAGAACACACGCCGGAGCUGGUGUCUGAGUUUCGGUUCAUUCCCAAUCAGACAGAGGCAAUGGAAUUCGAUAUCUUCCAGAGGUGGAAAGAGUGCAGGGGAAAGAGCCCUGCCCAGGCGGAACUGUCCUACCUGAACAAGGCGAAGUGGCUGGAAAUGUACGGGGUGGACAUGCACGUGGUCAGGGGAAGAGAUGGCUGUGAAUAUUCUCUUGGACUGACCCCGACAGGCAUAUUAAUCUUUGAAGGAGCUAACAAAAUAGGCUUAUUCUUUUGGCCUAAAAUUACCAAAAUGGAUUUUAAAAAGAGCAAACUGACACUGGUGGUGGUUGAGGACGACGACCAGGGCCGUGAGCAGGAACACACGUUUGUGUUCCGCCUGGACAGCGCCAGGACCUGCAAGCACCUGUGGAAGUGUGCGGUCGAGCACCACGCCUUCUUCCGGCUGCGGGCGCCAGGGAACAGCAAGUCCAGCAGAUCGGAAUUCAUCAGGCUGGGCUCCCGCUUCAGGUUCAGCGGGCGGACAGAAUACCAGGCCACGCACGGCGCCAGGUUACGCAGAAGCAGCACCUUCGAGAGGAAGCCCAGUAAACGUUACCCUUCCCGGAGACAUUCCACGUUCAAAGCGAGCAACCCGGUGAUCGCCGCGCAGCUCUGCUCUAAAGCAAAUCCUGAAGUCCAUAAUUACCAGCCUCAGUACCAUCCUAACAUCCACCCCAGCCAGCCCCGGUGGCAUCCGCACUCCCCAGGUGUCAGCUACCCGCUGCCUUCUCCAGUGCUCAGCAGCUCAGAGCGACUGCCCUUCGGCAUAGAGGAGAAUGGGGGCACCCCGUUCCCCGCCAAGGUGCCGGGAAGGCACCACCACCACCACCAGCACCACCCCAGCUACGGCCUCACGCUGACGCUGGAGAGCAAAGAAGGGCCUUUGAGGUCCCCCAACUCCAGCAGCAAGUCCCUUACGAAGCUGAGUCCAGGAGCGCCUGCCCUGUUCAGUGAAGCCGCUGCCCAUCUCAAGAAGCUGGAAUUGGAAACUGUGAAGGCGCCCGGGCCCUGGCCUGCUCUGCACAUCAACAUAAACAAGGCUGAGGAAAAGAAGGUUUCCGAGAAGACUCUGCAGACCCCGCUGUUGCCUUCCCCCGUGGCCGAACACGUGAAGUGUAACAUCCUGAAAGCCCAGCUGGAGAACGCCUCCCGAGGGAACGCCCAGAUUGGAAAAGAAGAAGCAACGUUUGUAAAUAUCAAUAAGAAAACCAGUCUUCUGGACGCUAAUAUAAGAAGUCCUAUUCCCAUACGCGUGGAAACUGCCCAGCCAGCCGUGGAAAAGCCGGAAAUCAAGCCGCCCCGAGUGAGGAAGUUGACAAGACAGUAUAGCUUUAACCGCAGUGAUGAAGACGACCUCCCUCCAGACCUGGCCGAGGCCGUGGGAACCACCCCAGCUACCACCGCGAACAGCUCGUCGGCCGCCACCCAAGUCUCUGUGCCGCUGGCGUCCCCUAAGGUCCAGAAAGUCAGCUCACCUCCAAAGUCUGAAGGCAAGGGCCCGCUGUCCCCAGGGGCCAAGAGCCCCUCUGACCGAGGCGGUGCCUUCACCUUGGAGCCAGGUGACCUCCUGAUGGAUUUCACAGAAGCCACUCCUCUGGCAGAGCCCGCCAGCAACCCUCACUGUGCCCACUCUCGCUGUUCUCCUCCACUCUCUCUCCCCAUGAAGGAAGAGACCACUGGAGUUUGCAUGUACCCUCCAAUCAAAACGAGGCUGAUAAAAACAUUCCCGGCCGACCCCGUGAACCCGUUUCCUGACCCUUUUACCACAGGGCCACAGUUUGCCGCAGACUUCAGAGACAGUAAAUUACCGUGCUGUCCUGGCCAGUCUUCCCCGCUGAUCCCAGCCGUGACCCUGAGGCCUUUGACAGAGACCGUCCCCACCGUGCAGACCGUCUACACCCCCCGGAAGCCUGUUGCUCUGGCAGCCAGUGCAGAGACGCUCCGGCAAGAACUGGAGAGGGAGAAAAUGAUGAAAAGACUGUUGAUGACCGAACUGUGAAAUUCUCCCUGAUGCCUGGGGGUUGGCAUGGUGCCUUCUGUCCGUUUCCUUUCUUCAGGCUUGGUGUGCUCGCCCUAGCGCAACACUCAGCUGUGGGGUGCCCUGCUCGCCCAGGUCGCCGUGAUUGGUGGAAGCCAACUUCUGGCUUGAGUUUUAUUGGAAAAGUUAUUUUAUGUCUCAUGCGCAUCGGAGUCUUUCUAUGACUCAGUGUAACUGAGACAGGAGUUGGUAGGUUUAGGAGAAGAAAGGUGGGAAACCGAGGGUUCCUUUUCCGGCAUCCCUGUGUGUGUCUGUUAAUAGGCACAGGGAUUAAUACAAUAUGGAAUCCUUUGCUCUCUAUCUAAAAACCAUGCGAUUUUGUAUGAUUGAAACUUGCACCACGCUUUGACUGUUUGUUAAAGAGUCAUUUUUAAUGAGAGAAUAAUUCUUUACUGCUGGUUUUUCAUUUACACUGACCUUAUGAAGUCCUUAACAUUCGUUUUUAUUCAGACGUGAGUAACUGAACUAAAAUAGAACAUCACAUAUUACCAUAACUGAAGGUACUUCAACUUAGCUGGAAAUAUAACCUAACUUGUUGGAUAGGAUAUGAUUUGGGAUAAGCAGAAUUUAUCAUUGAACCCAACGUAGAAAAUUCUAGUUUCAAUUGUCAAAAAAAUCCUCACAAGGUUAAAAUGAUUCAACCUCAAGAAGAUCCAUUUGGGUGUUCCAUACAGGAAAAUUAUUUCUAAAGUUGAUCACUUCAUGUCCUAUUGAUAAAACCUCGACUAGAGGAAAUUUUGCUCCCUUUUUAUAUAGUUUCAAGAAAUUUUUAAAUUUUUAUUAUGUACUUGAACAACUUUGCAGGAGUAAAGGAACCCCUCACCACAAACUAUUCCUCUAAAUUAUCUCCCUGGCUUCCUCAGCGAAUAUGCACAUUUUGACAUAACCAUGAUCAGUUUGUCCAUUUUCUUUUGUUGUACUUCUCCACUCAACACUUUUCUUAUCCACAUGGGAUCACUUUCACCAUUCUAAAUGUCUUUAUAUCCAUGUAAAACUUGGUUAGCCUCCCUUCUCAUUAUUCAAUAUUUGAGUUAUAUCUAAUUUUUCACUCUUAUAAGUAGUGCUGCUAUGAAUGUCUUUGUUAAAAAAAAAAUACGCCUUCUUUGGAUUAUUCCCUUAGGAAAAUCUCCAGAGAGGGAUUACAAGGUUAAAAGAGCAUGAAAUAUUUUAUAGCUCUUGUUUUAUAUUGCCAGAUUGCUUUCUAGAAAAGAUCCAAUCUCUGGGUUGGAAGGACCUUAAAGGUCAUAUAGUUCAACCCCCUACCCUCCUCCCCAAUGCUUGAACCCCCCCUACAAUCUAUGAUGCCACCAGCAGUGUAUACGCAUUUCUAUUGACCAAUAGCUCUGCCAGUGUUGGGUUUUGCCGUCUGUAUUUAUUUUCACUUGUUUAAUAGGUGUGUAUAGUUGUUCUUGAAGAGUUGGUUUAUUUCAUUAACUGCUAGCAAGGCUGAGCACUUUUAUCCUGUGAUGAUUUCCUAGCUGUGUUUCCUUGAGUGUAAAAUCUCCAUCCACUUCUUAGGACCUCUUGUUCAGUGGAAUGGAUGCCGUACAUCUGUGUCACAACUGCGCUUUUUUGUUGUAUCCUACAGUUUGCUCUCCUGUCCCUAUCCUUCAAACCGAAUGGUGCCAAUAAUUUGAUACUGAUGACGAUAUAUAUAUAAAAAAAGACAUGCCUCAUUUGCUGGCAUUGUAAAAUGCGGUAUGUAAGCAAGUAGUGACAUCACUGAGGAUUAACUCUUUAAGUGCUGAAUCUUUAAAAUGUUCAUGUUUUUUGAGAGAAAUCUUUCUACAAUGGAUAACACACUUCCCUGCCUUAGUAAACAGAGUACAAUGGAGAGUAUUUAUCCUUUUCUGGGUGAGUCAUGGCCAUCAUUACACACAUUGGUCCCUUUGGGACCUUGGUAUGAUACAGUGAUGUCAUCAGGAACUAGCAAAAUCUGUAGGGCUUGGCUUGGCCUCUUUUAGAAUAUUAUGUUGUUGUCCCUGAUGGGGAUUUUUGUUUUGUUUUUUACUGCUGUCUGUUCUACCAGUGGAGCUGUCUGGGGCGGUUGUAGUGUUUGGGGCCCCUUCUCCCCUGUGGCCCCUGGCUGAACUUUUAAAAACAGCUUUAGCUGUUCUUGAUA